UUGUGUGCCUUUCUCCAGUUCCUUGUAUUUUCACAGUGGAAGCAGAAAUUUUUUUUUUCACGCCUGAAGAAGGGGUGUUGCUGUUGAAACGGUAAGAGGAAGGAACAUUCCGGGUAGAGGGCCUCUUAUUGCUGUCCUAAACAUGAAAAAAUGUAGUAGUUCAACGGAUAUGCUGAAGCAAGACAAGCUGCAGAGUUAUGGAGCCUCAAAUCAGUUCAGAAUAUCGUGCUGAUAGCACCAGGGCAAAGGCAGAAAGAGAACCCAAUAUGGGUAAAAGGACUGAUAAAGUGUGGAUGAGGCUGGCGCUUCUCUUUACUGUCGUCUUGCUAGUCAAAGCACUACUGUUUACAUGUGCCACCUUUUUACUGCGAAUGGAUGUGUCUGAAGACCUGCAGAGUAACAGAACUUGUGAAAGGAACAACAGCACAGAGAUAGAGAUAUUACAGCUUCGUGAAGACCUCCAGAAGCUCACAACACUGCUUCAUCAUGCCACCAAAGACUCCAGAUGUCAACUUUGCCCAAAGCAAUGGCACUGGUUAUGGGGCCACUGCUACUUCUUCUCUGUUGGCCUGGAGAAGGAUCGCAAGUGGGCAGAGAGUGUGGACUACUGCAGAGAGCACAAUGCCAGUCUGGCAGUCAUUCAAGAUGCCACUGAGAUGCAGUUUAUCCUCGGACAAAUGAUGACAUUUUCUGAGAUGCCGUUUCUCUGGCUGGGCCUCACUGACUCUCAGGAAGAGGGUGUGUGGAUUUGGCAGGAUGGGACAUCUUUCCAUGAGCACAGCUUCAUAAAGCUGCAGUGGGACUCAGAGGAGAGAGACUGUGCAGACCUGAGGGGGAACGGAAGUGUGUUUGCCGCUAACUGUAAGGUGUAUGGACCCUGGCUGUGUGAGAAAACCAUGGAGCCAGAGAAUUACCCCACAUCAACACCGGCAUGACCGAAUAAGGAACAUUACAUGCAGAGGUUCUUUUCACUUAUAAGACACGCCCUGCCUUGACAGUCAUUAGUGAAGUUUUGUCGGUUAGUGAGCAGAUUUUCACAGUAGAAGUGAAAGUAAGCAGUGUUUCAUGUGCAGUCACUGUAGCCCGUAUAUGGAUUUACAUAUACAUAUACGUAUUCAAAUUAGGGGCACCUGCAAGGAGUCUGCUGGUGUGAAAGCAGCAAGUAAUAUGUGAGUGAAGUUUCAAUGACUUUUUAACCACUUUUAGUGAAGAUACAAAAAAAAUUACCUCUAUGUUUCACAUAAAAAGUUGCAUAUUAGAGGGGACUGUGUUGAAAGAGGUGUAUUAAAUUCAGUCAGAGUCAAAUGGAUACAUACAUACUUUAUUCUGACAUUGCUAUUAAUCAAUCGCAAUCACAGAAAUAUAUAUUAGCAUUUUAUAUAUAAACAUAUAUUCAUAUAAAGAUGACCAAAUCUUACUUAAUUUCCAAAUAAACAAGAGGUAGUGAUGCUCCUUCUCUUACUGUAAGUACUCUUUGCUGUACUCUGCUCAUAUCAAGUACAGCAAUGCCCAUUAAAGUGAACAGUAAUGUUUUUGACAUAGAUGUACACACUAGUGUAAUCAUUUGAGUUCACACUUUGACACGCAUUCUAAAAUAAAGUGCAGCCAGGUAACAAUCAGAGUAAUAAAAGGACAACUACAGAGAAACAGAAAACACAGUACACACAUUAGCUUUUUAUGGUAUUUGUCUAGGGUUAUUCUGUAGACAUAUAAAGAAAUAAUUAGAUGAUGUUUGUAUAGUUAGAUUAACAUGUCAACAUAUAAACAAGUUGGUCUUGUAUUUGAAUGGAAGGGUACACGAAAGACUGAAAGACUAAGAGGUGAAAAGGUGAACAUAACUGAAGGAAAGCUCUAUACAUAGUAAACAAAUAAAGAAAAAAGAUAGAAUGAUAAUAGUGAACUUUUGUUUACACUCAUUUAAGCUUCAGCUAAUGAUUUUUACUGAAAGGAAAUGGAGGAAGGGACUGAUCGCUGUGGGUCCUGCCCACAAAGAGGGCAGGGGAAAGAUAUGAUUAUUCUAUGAUACCAGGCACUUUCGGGUAGGGGUAGUAUGAUGCCUGCGUUCAGUCUGGCCACUGAAGUAACUUACUUUUUGAAAAAGCUCCUAAAGGUCCUCAUACCUGCCCCUCUGGUAGUGAGGAUCAUAUAUUAACUUGUUGAGAUAUCAUUGAAAGUAAUGUUGGCCCAUUCUUUGUGGUUCAUCAUGAGAUUACCAAGUUUUAAUAUGACAGUAACGAUAUUCUAAUUCCUAAAUGUUUAUACACCUCUUUAAUAUUAGGCAAAUACUUUUUUUUUUACAUAUAUAUUAAAUAUAUUAACUAAUGGUGCUACUACUUUGAAUGGCACAGCUUAUACAUAGCAUGCUCUACACGUUCUGUUCUCUAGAGCAAAUUUGUGAAACUUGGUAAACUUAACCUGCUCUUAAACUGGUUUACACCUUUUCAAACUACUAGCAUCUUCAGGAGUUGAUACAGUCAUGACAGUCCUUCCAUCCAGAGGGGCGAAAAGAGGGUACAGCUUUUCACGGAAGUGGCCGGUGAAGGUGUAGAUGUGAGAUUUAUUCUCUACGUUGUAGAAGGAAAUCUGGCCCUCAUCAUAGUCGAGGUAAAUCCCCAGCUUCUUGGGCACUAGCGUGAGCGGCAGGGGGAUCUCUGGUUCAGUGCAGGCAUAGAAAUGCCGAGUGCUCCUCCACAGGGUCCAGUAGCCUUUGGAGGGCUUCAUGGGAAUGCGUCCUUGCCUCUUGGCAGAUGCAGUGGUGACCCCCACUCUCCAGUAGCCAUUGUUUGCUAUAUCUACCUCCCAGUAGUGGCGCCCACCCAUGUAUCCCUCCCAGCCCAGGACACACGGCCAGCCAUCAAAGCGCUGAGGGCUGAAUGGCAGGUCAGUCUCCUGCAGGCUUUCCUGGACCUUCUUCUGGUCUUCAGAGAGCUGCAGCCAUUUGUGGUUGGUUAUGGGGUCAAGAGUAAUGUCAACUGUGUUACAGAGAAGAGCGAGGUGUAGGUUAAUGUUUGGUGUUAGAUAAUAUAAUUGUGGACUGUGUAAUAUUGCUUAUUGUUGCUGUCAGAACAAAACAUUGUAUCUCAAAAAUAGUAACUUCUCAGGAGCAGGAAAAAAUAUCCUUAACUUAUAAAUGAUUUUAAAGUGAUUUUUAGAUCAUAUCAGUUAUACGGUAUAGUGUCUAUUCAUUGACGUGUUCACUCAAUGUAAGCGGCAGCUAGUGUUUUUAAAUUAAAUACAUGUUUAAAAAAACUGAGAUAUAAAGUUUUGUUGUUGUU